UUUUAAAUUGUAAAUUGCGAUAAAAACAACUGCAUUCUGGUAGACUAUUAAUCAAUAGGUCAGAGAUAGACAUUAGCCCGACGAGAAAACAAAAAGCCUAACGAGUUUCCCUAGACCAUGGAUCUGUUUUAUGUGACUUUGCUGGUCUUUGCUGGUUUGAUGUGUCUUGGCAACUGUUCUGUCUGCCCUCCGACAAAUCAGGAUAUCGAAAAAUGCUUUACAAACAACCUGAUGAGUUUCCCUGCCAAUUUCGACAUCAAUUCACUAUCUGUAGCUGACAAAGAUUUCUGUGACAACCUUGACAAUUCCACUAACGCCAUCAGUUGUGUCUUACAGUUGGCCAUAGACUGCGCCUCAUCGCAAUCUGUGUCGAUAUCUGAUUAUAUGCCCUCGCCGAGCAAAGCAAGAGACCUGAUAAUCAUGAGCUGUAGAAAUGUCAGCGUCAUCAACCAGAACUGCCUUACCAGCAAAUCUCCAAGUAUAACCACUUGUACUUCUAGUAAGGCCGCAGGUAUUGCCAGGUCUUCUUCAUUUGAUCUUGAUAAAAUUAUGUGCAAGACCUUUGAGGUAGGCAUUGGCUGUGUAAAACCAGCCCUGGAAUCGUGUGGCUGUGCAACCGUCCAGUUACAACAAGACAUAAUGUCCGGACCCUUGUGGCCGUCCAAGUGUCAACGCCCAGACUUUAGAACUGUUCAAUGUGACCCCUAUGACCCCAAGUCAUUUUUAGGCUCGGGUUCUAAGAUGAUCCCAAACACGAUGCUUUUGUUUAUUUUGUUUUGUAUCUUGUUGUUUUAUAAGCAAUAGAUACAGCUUGUAAAUACAUAUUUUAUAUGUCAAUAUUAUUUUUGUUUUUAGUAAUACAAUUACUUAAGUUAAUGGUACAAUCGUAAACCAAUUAAAUAGAUACAUUUUCA